GUGAAUAACAACCGCAACAACACGGAAACGCGCACCGCAUAGCCCCCUUGCACGGCUAGCACCCCCCUCUCCUCCCCGACAUGUCUGCGACCCCCGUGCAGGCAUCCCCUGUGGCGUCGUCGUCAAAACUCAUCCCGCCACCCCCGCCCAAGGCCAAGAAGCAGCUCGUCGGAUGGCAGCAUUCGGUCGCCGGGAGCCUCGGCGGUAUGGCUGGCGCGAUCGUCACGUCUCCGUUUGAUGUCGUCAAGACUCGCCUCCAGUCCGACCUGUUCAAGGAGCCCAAACCCCGCGCUGUCCCGACCCCCAUCGUGAAUGGCAACGGAUCGGCCGCGGUGAUGCGGCACGAGGCCGAGAUGGUGGCGAAAAAGGUGCCCCAUCGCGGGGGCAUCUCGGGCUCGUUGUGGCAGUUUGUCGACACAAUGUACCUCAUCCGGCGGAUACAGGUGGAAGAGGGCUGGCGCGCGCUGUACAAGGGUCUUGGGCCGUCGCUUGUCGGCAUCAUCCCGGCGCGCGCCAUCAACUUCUACUUCUACCCUACGUCGAAGGCGUUCCUCGCCAAGACGUUCCCGAACGCGCCGACAGAAAAGGAGGGCCAGACGGCCGAGGACUCGCCCUUGGUCCACCUCGGCGCGGCGGCCAUUGCCGGCGUCAUGACUUCCACCGGCACCAACCCCAUCUGGGUCGUCAAGACGCGGCUGCAGCUGUCUGCCAAGGCCGCGGGCGCGGGCAAGGCCGAGUCGCACCAGGCGCUCAAGAUGACAGCCGACAUUAUCAAGAACGAGGGCAUCCGCGGGCUGUACCGCGGCCUGUCGGCAAGCUACCUCGGCGUGUCGGAGGGCGUGAUCCAGUGGACGCUGUACGAGCGGUUCAAGCGGAUCGGGCGCACGCGCGCGGUUGAUCUCGAGGACAGCAAGCAGAGCCUGCUGGGGUACGUUGGGUCGAUUGUCGGCGCGUCGGGCGGCGCCAAGGCCGUCGCCUCGCUCAUCACGUACCCGCACGAGGUGGUGCGCACGCGCUUGCGACAGCCGGCAGUCAACGGCGUGCAAAAGUACACUGGGCUCCUGCAGACGCUCAAGCUUGUCAUCAAGGAGGAGGGCGUCGCGAGCCUGUACGGCGGUCUGACGGCGCACAUGUUCCGCGUCGUGCCCAACGCCGCGUGCAUGUUCCUCAUCUACGAGCUCGUGGCCGCGCGCCUGGGGUCGUAGCUCCAUCUUGACGAAGACACUGCAUUGAUAGACACAUGUGUACUCAUCAUCCUCCACUCUAUGUAUUACUAUCUCAGAGAA